AUGAAUGUUGAAUUUGUCUUGCAAUUUGGUUUCUCUGUUGGUUACUUUAUGAUGUUACUGGAAUCUGCUGUAAUUGAAUUUGAGGUUAAUGCAGUAGAUAAUUCUUGUAGGGCUUGGUUGUUCAACAGCAGAGGAUUUGCAAGCAAAGUCAAAAACUGUUCGUCUCAAGUCCAAGAUUGUGGGGCGAAUCGUGAAUGCCCAAGGUGCCAUUAUCUUAUCAGCAACAGCGAUGUUUCAACAAAAUGGCCUGGCUUUCCGACUGGUGUGAAAUUUGAUCCAUCUGAUUCUGAACUCAUUGAUCAUUUAGCUGCGAAAGUUGGUGUUGGCAACUCAAAACCACACAUGUUUAUUGAUGAGUUCAUCCCGACUAUUGAUUGGGACGUAGGCAUUUGCUACACUCAUCCUGAAAAGCUUCCUGGUGCAAAGAAAGAUGGAAGUAGCUUCCAUUUCUUUCAUAAAACAUUAAAUGCAUAUUCAACUGGUCAACGGAAGCGUCGCAAGAUUGACAAAGAGCAAGGCUUGGAUGCACAGGCUGUUCGUUGGCACAAGACUGGCAAGACCAAGGCUAUAAAAGGUGGAGUGCAUCCCGGCUGGAAGAAGAUCAUGGUGCUGUAUAAAAGUUCAAACAAAGGAUCCAAAGCAGAUAAGGCUGAUUGGGUGAUGCAUCAGUAUCAUUUGGGAAGUACAGAAGAUGAGAAAGAAGGUGAAUAUGUGGUGUCAAAGAUAUUCUACCAACAGCCUAAGCAGACUGACAAGAAUGAAGACAAUUUGGUCAAAGGAGAACCUGAAUCCUCCAUACUUCAAAUUUCUCCAAUAACCCCCAUAACAUGUCCUCCAACUACUCCUGCACCACAGGAAUCCGCUUGGCGUGAUGAUGAUCCUGAUGAAUAUAUUCACAAAUCCCCUGCCAAGGUGACAGAGUAUGUCCCAGAAGUAUCUCAGUAUGCCGUACUCAGGAAGUUCGAGGGCAGCAUGUCUCAUGUUCCUCAACUUGAUAGUCAAUUUGAGGACAAUAUUGGGCAACCUACCUGGUUGGCAGGCGAAUCUCAGGCUGAUGAAUACUAUGGUUUAAACUGCGUGGACGACACCUUGUUAUGCAAGGAGACAUUUAACUCUUCCACUUCUCUAAAUGGUCCAGUUCUGAAUCCCAUAUCUAUCACUGACUAUGCUAACAAUACGAACGGGGUGACUGGAAACGGAAGCACAUCAUUUGGAGUCCCUGACCUUGAGAACCUUGAGUUUGAUAGUCCACCAGAUUUUCAGCUACAUGGUUUGCAAUUCUGUUCCCAAGAUAGUAUACUUGAUUGGUUGGACUGGAUGUGAACGAGCUUCCGGGAAUGAAACUUAAUUCCCAAAUUUUGUGCAGACUUGCAUGCUCUUUAAUGGAAAAUGAGGCAAACUAUAUGCAAGCUUUUCAAGCUUUGUAAGUCUCAAAGUAGGUGAUCAUGGAGCUACAAGUAAGAUAACCUAGCUGUCUGUUGCUGAGAUAAGAUUUAUCAAUCUUCAUUUGGCUAAUUAGUGUAUUUGACUAAUUUAACCAUCAAGUUCAGUUCUUUGUAUGAAACUGCUUUUGCCAACGAUGUAUACAUGUAUUGCUU